GAUGCACGGCAAGUACCACCAGGAGACCACCGUCCAGAUGGUGCGAUGGAUCCAGGAGCAGAUGGGCAGCCGCGGCGACGGCGCUGCAGAGAGGUUGGUGCAGACCUGCCAUGCGGGCUUGCGAUGCCGAAGUCGGCAGGGAAGACCUGGCUGCACUGGCUGCUUGCAGACACGGCCAGGGGCAGGGUGACCGGGGUGCGGCUCCAGCUAGGAAGCAGAGCUUGGCGGAGGCGGAGCUCGGCGUGCAGAGGCUGGUGGAUGACUUGUCCAACGCCGCCCUCAAGGAGAAAAUGUUGCUAUCCAUUGCACAAAUGGUCGACAGGAACGACCGACAGACCGAGAAGACACGUGCAUUUCUGAAAUUGGCUUCAGACUUCUAUGAGCAUUAUCAGUUCAUGGAGAAAAAGCAGGAGCGCGAGAGGAUGCACCUGCUUUCUGAGGAAGCUCGUUUGCGGAAGGAGCUGGCAUUGAAGAAUGCAAUCUUCCAAGCUUACACUGGCUGUCACAGCAACCCUCCUGAGGUACCUGAAGUGAUUAAACACAUCGAGUCUUUCACAGAUUCUUGCCCCAUUCCAACUUUGGUUAAAUAGGCCAUGUCUGAAAUAAA